CUUAUUACGACGGUCACUUGACGUUUCUUGUGUUUUCGUCAAUGGAUGUGACAAGAAACGCCUUGCCUGAAAAACGCCUGCCCGAAAAACACCAAGCAAAUGAAACCAUAAUGUCAACCGCCCAAUAGACCCCCGAUGAUGUGACUGUAGUCGAGGCCCUCCAUACUCCCCCGCCCGGCGGUGAUGUACACGACCCUCGCAUCCGAGCUGGUAUACAACAUGGCGUCCAAUUUUAGACCCGCGGCGGCAAAAUCCGGCUUCGAGAAUCUCGCGAUGAAGGGCAGAGAACUGCCUGAUCCUAUUGAUUAGGGGCCAUGUACGGUGAUGGGCCGUCUGUUUGCCCUGACGCGCCUCCGAUUGCACUUCUGAUGUCAGUCCCACCUUCCUUCGGUUCCUGCCCAGCUGUAGGAGUGGUUUCGCGGCUCCUCACGAUCAUCUCUUGCAAUGCGGUAUCGACCUUGGCCAUCACAUUCCUGAGUAUCCGGAUAUUCGCAAGAGUCGUAUCCCGAUCCUUACUGUAUAGGUCUUGUACUGUUUCUUCCAGUCCUCGGAUACUGGCAAGAGUGGCGUCCCGUUCUGUCUUGUAUAAUUCUUGCACGUAUGCGUCGAGUUUUGCCUCGGCGUUGUUGAUGAUCUCGAUAUUGACACGGAUGGCUUUGGAGAGAUUGUCUGGUUCGCGCAGCGAAGCUCGGGUUCCAUGGAAUCAUAUACCUAGGGGAGGUGAGAAAGGCGGUCGGGAGUGGCAGAUAAUGGCCACUCCUACCAAAAACAACAAAUGACAGCGACCGACU